AUGGCUUUUGUGUUAGACAUCGUAGUCGACCACUUAGGAUGGAGAUGGGCUUACUGGAUCACAGCAGUCCCAGGAAUCAUCAUUGCAGUUGUCAUGGUAAUAACGGUCAAAGAACCACCAAGAAAGGUACACCAUAGUUUAUGUAUUUUUGUAUUAAUAUCAAUGGUAAUCUCGGUGUUAGUUCUUGUGACGGCGGUGGCUCAAUCACUCUGCUCGUCAUUCGGUGCUUGGAUUGCAGGUGAACUUGUGAAUAACUCCAGUGCUACGCAAGAGGAUUUUCUUGAUUCUCACAGUCCAUUCUGCAGCCCACUGUUCAUUGUACUACUUAUCACCAGUGCAUUGCGAUGUGGCGGGGGAUAUGUAUUUAUGUAUAAUAUCCACAACUAUUUCCACCGUUAUUAUCCGGGUUAUCCAUAUGAACAUUUCAUGACCUGGAUCCCAGUUACCAUGGGGAUAUUUGGAGCUCUUCUUGGUGGAAUGUUAGCUGAUAAAGCUGCCUAUUAUAGAGGAUACAUCGGUAGACUGUAUAUCUUUAGCAUAAGUAUUUUCGUAUCCAUACCAUUAUCUAUAGGAGUGUUGUACUUAGAUCCACCAUGGUGUUUUAUCGUACUCAUACCAAACUUUGCAGCUAUAGAAAUGUGGGGAAGUGUCGCUAUGUCCGCGGUGGUCGAACAAGCCCCUAGAGGGCGCCAGACUUUAGCACUUGCCUUCUAUGUGUUCUCUAUAAAUAUGUUUGGAGGGAAUUUAAAUAUAAUAGUGCCUUUCAUGAAAUCUGUCAUAGAACUACGUUAUACGUUGCUGGUAUUGUAUCCAGGUGUUUAUACAUUAGCACUUAUAUUCUGUCUAUUGACCAUCCCCUUAGCAAGAAUUAGAAUGGCACAUAUGCAAACGCUUGCCACAGAUGAUGAACGAAAACCUUUGUUAAAUGAAGCAACUGAAAGCAUUAACUAG